UCUGACACCCAUAAUGAUUGAUUACCCCUCCAAUACCUGCUUAUAUAAACUACUGUGUCAACAUUUCUCCCUCUGUACCCAAACUAUUCUAAACACAUCUGGAAUCUUUGUGCUGCCUAUCGCCAAAAGUGACCGAAUGUCUCUGCAACAUGCAUACGAACUCAAUGUCCCCUUAUCGUAAUUAAUCCCCAUCUUCUUUAUGCACUUCAGUGUUAACAGCCAAUCAAAUUGCUUGUUCGUGCUUUUGCUGAAUUGGGGGCCGGUCAUUGUAGGUGUUAAUUUGCCAAAAUUUGUCUUAUUUAUGGGAUAAUAUAGCUGCAUGCGCAACAUUGACAAAACUUUUUUUUACUGAUUUCGGAACAAGUUUUAUCUUUUGAAUGUGUGAAAAGUUGGGCAAAUCAUAGAUGGAUAUCACGGGGCCACUGUCUGUUCGCGCGAACGCCUUCAGUAUCGCAUCUCUGAUGUCGGGGCCGUUUCCAGAUUCUGUCUUUAACUCACUCGGGUAUCCCGGAACUUCGAGCCAGUAUAACUCCGACUGUUUUGUGGAAUGGGGAAACUGCGGAUAUUCCCCCGGAAUGAAAAGCAUGGAAGCCUGUCUCCUUAAUGCUGGUACUGGGAGACCACUUUAUGAAUCUUCAAGAUUCGAAUAUCAAGAUGUGAUUUCAAGAAAUUCCGACAAUUGUGCUAAACAUUCCCAAGACUCCGACUUCUUGAAAGGUGAUCACACCUGUAAAAGUGACAGUUGCUUGGAGAAUACACCAGAAGAAAAAGGGGAGCAGUCUAAGAAACCCCUACACCCCAAACUUCUGAAUGUCAACGCACACCUGGAGAUGAAGUCUCUAUGGGAUGAGUUCGACGAGCUUGGAACAGAAAUGAUCGUCACCAAAGCUGGCAGACGAAUGUUCCCAACUUUCCAGGUUCGGCUGUACGGCCUAGACCACAUGUCGGACUAUAUGGUGAUGAUGGAUUUCGUACCCUGCGAUGACAAGCGAUAUAGGUACUCCUUCCACAGUUCAAGCUGGGUGGUGGCUGGAAAAGCCGACCCCCACAUGCCCGGGAGAAUUCACGUGCAUCCAGACUCACCCGCCAAAGGUUCACAGUGGAUGAAACAAGUGGUGUCUUUUGAUAAAUUAAAACUCACGAAUAACUUGAUGGAUGAUAAUGGUCAUAUCAUUUUGAAUUCGAUGCACAAGUAUCAGCCUCGAUGCCAUGUUGUUUAUGUAAAUCCGAAAUCAGAAGACUGUUCCUCUACAGAAAAUUUCAAGACGUACAUCUUCCCAGAGACUAAGUUCAUGGCAGUGACAGCGUAUCAAAACCAUCGGAUAACUCAGUUGAAAAUUGCUAGUAAUCCAUUUGCAAAAGGUUUUCGAGACGUGGACCCAAAUGAGUGUAUGGUGGAUGUUAUUUCUCAACUGAAUCCCUGCGCCCGACCCCGAAACCACAACCGUCCUAGUUCUUUGUCUUAUAUCAAUAAUAGCUCCUCCAAACGUCGAUCAUCCGAAGAGAAAGGUUCCGAAUCCGAGGACUCUUGUUUGUCUCCUAAUAGUUCUGCUUCCGGUAGUGGCGCAUCACCCUUACGUCUUCCUACGCGGCCAAAUUACCCUUCUGAGGGAUAUACGUACACACCGUACAGUCAUGAAACCUACAUGAUGGCAUCCAAAAGCAGACUAUCUCCAUACACUCGGACAUUAGACUAUCCUUAUCACCAUGCUCGUAUGAAGGAAUUGUAUCCAGGCACGAACUCUUGUGGGUACAAUUUCUAAUUGUGACGUUUUCCUUGUCUUGUUCGGCCUUUGCUUUGUUGAAUGAUUCGUUCUUGAUGUUUGUAAAUCUACCAUGACAUUU